GGGCUGCGGCGGCGCACAGCAGCGCUCGGCCCCGCGCCCUGCCGGCUCCCGCCUCGACGCCAUGAAGACCUUCUUCACCAUCGAGAUCAAGGAUGGGCGCGUGCAGCCCCUGGCGCCCCGCAUCACGGCCUCCCCCAGCAGCCAGCGGGCAGAGGUGACUCUGGGUCUGCGGAGCACCCCCAUUCGUAUCACCACCAUCCCCAGCAGUGUCAGCAGCAUCUGCAACAUCAGCAGUGUCAGCAGCAAUGUCACCAAGAUGGAGCCGGAGGUGGUGGAGCAACACCAGGCACCAAGGCAGGAACCAGAGCUGCCCAACGGCAUGGAGAAGGUGCAAGUGAGGGAGGUGGAGAGGAGCAAGCUGAAUGCUGAGGAGCUGCGCAGGAUUGAGGAUGAGGAUGUUCUGGAUAAGAUGCUGGAUCAGACAACAGACUUUGAGGAGCGACGGUUGAUUCGAAAUGCCAUGCGGGAGCUGCGCCAGCGCAAACGAGACCAGCGGGAGAAGGAGCGGGAUCAGUGGCUGCAGGAGGCUAGGAGCCAAUCUGUGGGAGUAAGGGCUGGCCAUGCCACAGAGACCACCACCAUGCAGAGCACUCAGUCAGCCGAUGGCUCAGCACGCAGCACUGUCACCAAGACUGAGCGUCUUGUCCAGUCUGGUGAUGGCACCAAGACCUCCCAUACUACAACCAUGGAGUCAAGUUAUGUGAAGAGAUCAGACAAUGGCAACAGCACUUUCGUUCAAACCAAAUCGUCCUACAGCUCCUCAUCCAAAAAGACAGGCAGCAUUUUUGACCGUGAGGAUGAGAGUGCUUCUCGGCAGAGCAGCCUGGCUGCUCUGGAGCGGCGUCAGGCGGAGAAGAAAAAGGAACUGAUGAAGGCUCAGAGCCUGCCCAAGACAUCAGCGUCACAGGCACGAAAGGCCAUGAUGGAGAAGCUGCAGAAAGAGGGUGGGAGUUCAAAUCCUGUAGCAUCACAGACCGCUGUGCAGCGCUCCUCCAGCUUUGGUGUGCCUAACGCCAACAGUAUCAAGCAGAUGUUGCUGGACUGGUGCAGAGCCAAGACCCGGGGCUAUGAGCACGUGGACAUCCAGAACUUCUCAUCCAGCUGGAGUGAUGGCAUGGCUUUCUGUGCCUUGGUCCACAAUUUCUUCCCUGAUGCAUUUGACUACAGUAAGCUGACGCCCCAGAACCGCCGCCAGAACUUCGAGGUGGCCUUCUCUUCUGCAGAGAAGCACGCGGACUGUCCACAGUUGCUGGACGUGGAGGACAUGGUCCGGAUGCGCGAGCCAGAUUGGAAGUGUGUGUACACAUACAUUCAGGAAUUCUAUCGCUGCCUGGUCCAGAAGGGGCUGGUAAAAACCAAAAAGUCGUAGCCCAUUGCCAGUCCCCCAGGACCAAUGGACGCUGGUGGACUGCGUGCCGCUGGUGGAGGUCGAAGACAUGAUGAUCAUGGGGAAGAAGCCUGACGCCAAGUGCGUCUUCACCUACGUGCAGUCCCUCUAUAACCACCUGCGUCGCCACGAGUUGCGCAUGCGGCAGAAAGAGUGCUAAAGCCUGCCCUGCCCACCCCCACUGCUGCCCUCACCGCAGAGCUGCCUGUGGGCAGGGGAGCUGCUUCCCUGGGAGGGUCUGGGGGGGACAUAGGUCUGGCACUGAGAACAGGACAAUUCUUCCAACAGUGCACCCCCACACCUCUGCCUUGCCAGAGCUGCUUCUGCCUUGGUCAGCUGUGGGCUGACCCUGUGGGCAGUGCCAGGUUCACCUUGCUGGGGAUGCUCCCACCUUAACUUGCUUCCCAUGCUCCAGUCUUUUUAAGUUAUUUGUUCUCUAGGAAUUAUUUGCCCUGCAGGCACCAUCCCUGUGUCCCUGGGGUGACUUGGGCACAGCUGUGCCCUCAGACUUGGGCCACCUCAUGGGUCUGUGGCUGAGCAUGACUCUGCAGUCCAGCCAGGGCCAUGAUACAUCCUGCAGGCAGCACUGUCAGUGGUUCCCUUGGCCCCCUACAAGGAAGCUUCUCUGCCCACUGCAGGCCCAACUUGGUGUCACCUCCCAUGGGACAGCUCCAUAACCGUGCUAACACCCUGCUUCCCACCUCCAUGUGCACCAUGGGCACUUCCACAUUGGGGGCAACUGUGGGUUGGGGAGGGGGCAGCAGCAAGGGGUCCCAGGGGAGUGCAAGGCAAACAGAGCAAGCUGGGACAACCACCCCCACUUUCCUCUCCAGCCCAGGGCACCUGCGUGUUCAGCGCUGCUUGCCCAUCUGUCACAUCUCUACACCCAUGCUGACACGUGUACCAACACUAGCCAGAUAAUAAAGGUUUAUCUAGGGCAA